UAUGCGCCCUCUAACAGGCGAAGAAACUGAAAAAUUUUUCAAAAAACUUUCAAAUUAUAUUGGUGACAACAUUAAACUUUUAUUGGAAAGGGAUGAUGGAGAAUAUGUUUUUAGAUUACAUAAAGAUAGAGUUUAUUAUUGCAGUGAAAAAUUAAUGAGACAAGCAGCAUGUAUUGGACGUAAACAAUUGGGGUCUUUUGGAACUUGUUUGGGCAAAUUUACAAAAGGAGGUUCUUUCUUUCUUCAUAUAACGGCAUUGGAUUAUUUGGCGCCCUAUGCUUUGGCAAAAAUUUGGUUGAAGCCACAAGCUGAACAACAAUUUUUGUAUGGAAAUAAUAUUGUUAAAUCUGGUGUUGGAAGGAUGAGUGAGGGAAUUGAGGAGAAACAGGGAAUUAUUGUCUACAAUAUGUCAGAUUUGCCGUUAGGUUUUGGUGUGGCAGCAAAGGGAACAGUAUCUUGUAAGAAAGCAGAUCCUACAGCUUUAGUUGUUUUACACCAAUCAGAUUUGGGUGAAUAUAUUCGGAAUGAAGAGGGGUUGAUUUAA